AUGGCACCUCUAUCCAAGGUCGCUCUGGUCGUGUUUGGGACCGUGAAAGGGGUGGCUGCAUGGGGCGCAUUAGGCCACGCAACCGUUGCUUAUGUUGCCCAGAAUUAUGUUUCUUCAGACGUGGCAUCGUGGGCACAAGGCGUCCUCGGUGACUCAUCCAGCUCCUACCUAGCCAAUAUUGCCUCUUGGGCCGACGACUAUCGCGAAACAACUGCCGGCAAAUGGUCAGCACCAUUGCACUUUAUUGAUGCUGAGGAUAACCCCCCGUCGAGCUGCAAUGUGGACUACGAUCGCGACUGUGGUAAUUCGGGCUGCUCAGUUUCUGCCAUCGCCAACUAUACGCAACGUGUAGGUGACGGCCGACUUAGCGAUGCCAACGUCGCUGAGGCUCUCCGAUUCCUUGUACACUUUAUCGGUGAUGUAACUCAGCCGCUGCAUGAUGAGGCUUACGAGGUCGGAGGAAACGAUAUUGAAGUCACCUUCAACGGCUAUAAGGACAAUCUCCAUUCUGAUUGGGACACAUACAUGCCCGAGCAGUUGAUUGGUGGCAGUUCGCUGUCGGAUGCACAGUCGUGGGCUAAGACAUUGACUACUGAGAUCAAUUCAGGCAGCUAUAAAUCCCAGGCUGCAAGCUGGAUUGAAGGAGACAGCGUCAGUGAUGCCGUUACCACAGCCACUCGUUGGGCGUCGGACGCCAAUGCCUUUGUCUGCAGUGUCGUCAUGCCGAACGGAGCUGCUGCCUUGCAGACUGGAGAUCUCUAUCCGACGUAUUACAAUUCCGCCAUCGGCACCAUCGAGCUUCAAAUUGCAAAGGGUGGCUACCGUUUAGCAAACUGGCUCAACAUGGUCUAUAAAUCAGAGAUUGCCAAGCGAGAUCUCGAAGGCUCUGACUUGAAGACCCGAGACACAGCUCCUGAUUUGGACCUUCUUGGUCGCGAGUUUCUACCAGAGCCCCGUCCGCUGAGUCGUGCCAAACUAGCUAGAGCGGCCAUGGAAGGAUCGUGCUGUGGCUCCAGGAAGCAUGAUCACUGA